UUUCAGAAUUAAGUACGAAGAACCGUUGUCUCUCAUUAGGUGCUUUUGGUUCCAAUCUUACGAAAAAAAAGAAACAAUUUUAUUGUUAAUUUCUGCUGUGAUUUCUGAUAAAAUGGACAAGAAUAAGCUGAACAAAAUAUUGGGAGAAACUCUUCUGGCGAUGUUGGCCGUAUUCCUGGUGGUAUUGUUCCUGCAGUUGCUGUCACUCACGCGCAAGCCUGUCGCGGUCACCUGCUCUAAACAAGUUUGUUUGAAGAAGUUCUUGGAUGGACCUCCUGCCUAUAACGACGAAUACAUGGCCAAGUUCCUGCGCAACAAAUACAUCGUGCCUCCCAGCAGCGGGCCGCUGACGCUAGCGAAUUACAAGCCAUACGACGAGAAGGUUUUCAACCAGACGCAGCAAUACAUUUACGACUAUUUCAAAGACAAGCGUAACGGGCGUUUCCUGGUGCUGGGCGCUGGUGACGGCGAGUAUGCGGACGUGACGUUGGAGUUGGAGCGUCGCCAGGGCUGGACGGGCAUGUUGAUCGAGCCGCUGCCGCAGCUCAACAAGUUGCUGCGCCAGAAGAACAGGAAUGCAGAGAUCUUCACGGGUUGUGUUUCGCCCUACACUUACCCAACGCAGGUACACUGUGUUUCACCCUACACUUACCCAACGCAGGUACACUGCGUUUCACCCUACACUUACCCAAC